AUGACUGCCUUUUUUGGGGCACUCAGAAUCAGCGAGCUUGUGGUUAGCUCUCGCCAUGACUCUUUGGGCUGUGCACUGCAGUCUGGUGAUUUGAAAAUCCAGGGUGAUAGUGUGGCUAUUAAGGUUCGACAGUCUAAGACUGAUCAGAAGCAGAGGGGUGCUGUGGCGUGGCGGGAGAGGCAGCGGAUCCUGAUUGCUGGCCACAGCAUGGUGUUUUGGGUGGCCCACCAGGCCCGGCAUUCACCAAUUGGAUCGCAACUGGGGCUCAACGAGUGGGCUACGGUCAAGUGGCAGGGACAUCGGGGCCUUCGGUGGUCUGGGCUCUUGCCUCUCCUUUUCUGUGGGAGGAAUGGUCCUCCGUCUCAUCUUUUGGUUAUACACCUUGGUGGUAACGAUCUGGGCUUGCUGAAAGAGAAGGCCCUUUCACUGCAGGCGAUUGAAGACCUCAGGCACCAUUACAAAGAAUUGCUUAAAUCGCACCAUAUCACAAAAUUGCCUGGGGGAAACAAUGAGGCCAUAGAAAAAGCUGCUGGGGCAUCACUGUCUUCAUUACUUACAGGGUUAUCAGAGCUAAAAGUUCUUUGUGGAGCUGAUGUUCUGAAGACAAUUCAGAUACCUAACCUGUGGAAGGAAGAACACAUUCAAGAAAUAGUGACCAAGUUUGAAUUGGUUUGUAUUGGUCAUGAUGGCAAUAAUCCAUCUCAAUACAUUUCUGAAUAAGAGCAUUUAAGCAAACACAAACACAAUAUUCACUUGAUUAAAGACUGGAUUCCAAAUCUGUGCCAUAAAUAAGAAGUGUGCAAAAGACAAAGUGUGAAAUACCUGGUUCCUGACUCAGUUAUUUCAUACAUUCAGGAAUACAAUAUAUAUACAGAAGAGAGUGAAUGGGAAAAUUAA